CCCCCCGCCCGCCCGCGGUGGGAGGAGGACAUGCAGAUGCAUUUUGUUGUUGUUGUUGUUGUUUCAGUCUCGCACCUUUCCCGGGUGCGCGAGUACGUCAAGAGGCGCUGCUGAAGCUCGGCGUCGUGCGCGUGACUUGUCCGGCGGUUGCUGCCGGUCUCCGGGGAGAUCCGCUCGCGCGCGGUGGCGGGGGGAGGGAGGCCGGGGCCUGGAGAAAUCUCAGGCUGUCCGCAGGCGGAGCGGCCCUGCCUUUCUCCUCGUCAGUGUGAGGCAUGGAUUAAUGGUUCCGUAAUUAUUUCCUCCCCCUCGCCCCCGAAAAAGGAACUCCUUCCUCAUGGAGCGAGCGGCGGUCACCUCGACACCAUGAGCCGCCUUCCUGCAGCAACCGCCGGAUGGAUGGGCCUCGACGACUAUAAAUAUUAACCAUCUAUUUGGAACAACGACAAAAAGUUUUUUAAAAAUCUAUUAAAAAUAGAUCGAUACAUCUCACAUGAAGAGCAUCUUGCGCAGGAAGACGGGGGGAAAAUACAUUUUUUUUAGUCUUCCAGCCCUCCCAACCAAAAAAAAAGCUCCCGGUGGACGACGGAAAGUGAGUAACGGACAGUAAAUUGCCGACUGUUAAAUGUAAAAGUCGGUUCUGGUUGGCUUGUUUUCAGUGAUGCCGGUGUCUCUGGUGCAGACCUGCCGCAGUCUGGCUCUCUCAACAUGGCUGCUGUCUUUCUGCUUCGUGCAUUUGCUGUGUUUGGACUUCACGGUGGCGGAGAAGGAAGAAUGGUACACGGCCUUCGUCAACCUCACCUACGUGGAACCGGCCACCUCCGAGAGGAGGUCGGAGAAGAGCGAGUGUGGCCGUUACGGGCAGCACUCGCUCAAGCAGGACGCUCGGGGCUUGCUCGCCCUGCCCGCUCAGCACGACAAACUAGCCUGUGACCCCCAGGCCAGGUUUCAGCUGCCCCCCGACUCGAGCACCAAGGGCUGGAUCGCACUCAUACCCAAGGGGAACUGCACUUUCAAGGACAAGAUCCUGCAUGCCGCCAGGCAGAAUGCAUCCGCUGUUGUCAUUUACAACAUGGGGGCCAAUGUCAAUGAGACCAUUACCAUGCCACAUUCAGGUGCAGGAGACAUUGUAGCCAUAAUGAUUCCUGAGCUGAAAGGUCGUGAGAUAAUGAGCCUAUUUGAAAGAAACAUCACCAUAAUGAUGUACAUAACAAUUGGAACACGUAAUUUACAAAAAUAUGUCAGCCGUACCUCAGUUGUAUUUGUCUCAAUCUCGUUCAUUGUGUUAAUGAUCAUUUCGCUGGCCUGGUUAGUUUUCUACUAUAUCCAGAGGUUCAGAUAUGCAAAUGCUCGUGACCGGAACCAGCGCCGUCUUGGAGAUGCUGCUAAGAAAGCAAUUAGUAAACUUCAAAUUAGAACGAUCAAGAAAGGUGAUAAGGAAACUGAAUCAGACUUUGAUAAUUGUGCUGUUUGUAUUGAAGGCUACAAGCCAAAUGAUGUAGUGAGAAUUUUACCAUGCCGACACCUUUUCCAUAAAACUUGUGUGGAUCCAUGGCUACUAGAUCAUCGUACUUGUCCAAUGUGUAAAAUGAAUAUUCUGAAAGCACUAGGAAUUCCGCCAAAUGCAGAUUGUGCAGAUGACAUAACAACUGAUUUUGAUGGAUCCAUAGGAGGGCCACCCACUAAUCAGAUUACAGGUGCCAGUGAUGUGACAGUGAACGAAAGUUCUGUUGGCCUUGAUCCUCCUGUUCGAACCAUUGGCCUUUCACAGAUCAUUCACGACGAUGACAUUCUUCAACAAGUUGAAGAAGUUAACAUUACUACUAGCAACAAUGAUGAAGGACAAGUUGUGAGCAGUGAUUCAGACACUUCACUCAUUCUGGCUGUUGAAGUUGGAUUUUCUGACAUAGAGCUCUCCACUGACCAGGAUUGUGAAGAGAUGAAAUCCUGAGAAGAGUUUAUUCUGUCUCUGGAUGUGGAUUAGGCAAGCACACAAAUGACUGAAACAUUAUCCGAUGCACUCAGAACUGGGAAGAUUAUGAGAGCAAUAGUGACACUCGUUUACUCUUCCUUAGACACAAAUUCUUUAGCAUUUGACGUCUUGUUUUCUUCAUGAGGAUGCUGCAAGCUUAUCUCUUGCUCUCAUUCCUAUAUUUAAAAAUGUUAACAAAACUCAGUGACUGAAAUGAAGAAAAUUAACAAUUUUUGUGUUUACUUUUUUAAUUUCAAUGACGGUCAACAAUUUUUUUUUUGUUUUUGCGACUGACUCCAGCUUUUCCAGAGUUUGAUCCUAAAAUAUUUUUUAUUAAAAGGAUUGAUCCUGGAAUCACUGCCUCAACACUAAAAACAUUCAGUUGGUGCUUUUAAGUUAUAAACUGAAUUUUAAAGUUGACUCCGAGUCCUGCACAUCUGUGAAUCACUAGCUUUUUUUUGUGGUCAGCUUUAAGUAAAAUUUAUUUUGCUCAAUAAACAUUCAGAGCAGCAACUUGCAGGUGCUGAAAAUACUUCUAGAAAUUCAUCUGCCACCUCUUAACAUAUCUUUGCCAAUAGAAGAGCUUGUAAUGGUAUUGUGCAGGCAUAGUGUAUAUAUACAAAGUGCUGUGAUAGUAACUUAGACACAGUGAAUGUUCCAGCAACAGCCUGCUUGCACUCUUAAGAAUUCAUGGUAGAUUGGAUUGUUUGAAUGUUUGUGCGUAUGAUUCACAUUUGACAUUCCUCCAAGUGGCUAUUAACACACACAGCUGAGAAAGUGGCCAAAUAGGUUAAACCACAAGCUUUAAUGGCUUUUAAAUGAUUGAAAUAAAAAUAAUUAUAGUCUUUACAGAAUUACAUUACACCAACCAACCUCAGCCAAAACACAAUAUAAUGGACUUUUCUAAUAUUUUAUGGAAUUUGAAUUUUAGUUGCAUAUUAUCGUCUUUCCUAGCAAUAGCUUAUUGUACAGUGGAAAACAUGAAAAUGUAUCAGAAUUACAGUAUUGUUAUACUGAGUCUGAAUAAAUGACUUAAGUUAUGAGAUUCUACUGCAACCUUU